AUGGACGGUCAACGAUAUAAAAUAAUCCUCUUUAAUGUAAUAUUGAACGAAAAAAAUGAGCCACAACCAGGAGGGCAAGAAAUUGGGACAAAAUUUUCACAAAAAUACGAUACUGUAACGUUUAAAUUGAGCAAAGAAUGGGUUGAAUCUAUGGAAGUUUAUGAAGAGGAUACAGGGCACUUUAAGUAUAAGAAAAAUAACCAAUUUUCUAUUUAUGUUUUUGGACAUAAUGAGAAUGUGUGGGGCUUCUUGGUAAGAUAUCUAAGAGUAGAGAACGGUCUCGAUCAAAAUCUCUCGAGAGUUUUUUGA